AUGGUCAUCCAUGGUUGUGUUGAUGGCUUUUCAAGGGUAAUUGUCUUCCUUAAAUGUUCUAACAACAAUGAGGCACUAACAGUGCUGGAGUCAUUCCAAAGUGCUGUAAACACCUUUCACUACCCUCGGCGAAUACGCACAGAUCAUGGUACAGAAAAUGUGGAAGUGGCCAGGUUCAUGCUUCACAAGUAUGGUAUUACAACAAACCCUGUCAUAACAGGAAGAUCGAUACAUAAUCAACGCACUGAGAGAAUGUGGAAGGAUGUGUUUGCCUAUGUCUUGCAGUAUUUUUAUAAUCUCUUUUACUUUAUGGAGUCUCAAGAUAUUCUAGACCCAGACAAUGAACUGCAUCUUUUUGCAUUACAGUAUAUUUAUAUUCCUCGUGUAAAGUGGGCAUUAGAUUAUUUCACAUUACAGUGGAAUAACCAUCCAAUGUCAACUCAAGGAAAUAAAAGUCCUCUACAGUCAUGGACAGCUGGCUUUUACGAGUUUGCUGAAUCAAAUUAUACAGUUGUAAGAGAUGUCCUUGACGUUGACACCAUCAAUUUUGAUCAUUAUGGUAUCGACGAUGAUGGCCCAAGACCCCAAAUAGAAACAAGUAAUAAUGUUGUUGUUCCGAGAUCAACAAUCCAACUCAGCAUGGAAGAAACCCGAGCACUUACAGAUGAGAUUUCACCGUUAAGCGAGGACAAUGACAAUGGUGUUCAUUUAUAUCAAAGAACAGUUGCAUUUGUUAAUAAUUUUUUUGACAGCGAUGUGGAAAGUAGUUGAAAAUAUCAUUUGAGGAAAAGUAAUCCGAUUAUUCCGAUCGAUGAACAAUAUGUACUGUAAGUUUUUGUAAAUUGCUGUAACAAAGGAUAUUACAAUAUUAUAAAAUUGUUGGUUUGAACAAUAAAUCAUUAUAACAAAUAGCAUACUGUACUAUAGCAAAAGCCAUAGCAUAAACUGUGCAUUAUAAGCCCUGGGCUAAUACAUACAAUUUCGUAAAGGAUUCUGAUGGGCUUAUACACAGGGAAUCUUGUAAUAGGUGGGGGGUGGCGGACUUAUAAGCAUUAUUAAAAUUUUAAAACCUUUUGGGAAAUAAGUUGGGACUAACAUACAGCAUUGUCAAUGUACUGUAUGUUUUUAUUUGCUGGUCUCUAAUUAAUCAAGCACUUCUUCCUCACUACUGGUAUCUCCAUUUGCAUCACAAAUACUUGUAUGUCAACAAGUCAGAUAUCUGCUGUCAACACAACUUGUAUGAUCUCAUUCACGCUUAAAACAUUGAACUAAAUAAUCUCAUAGUGAUACCAGCAUAGCCAGAUUACUAGUGAGUGGGAUUGGGUGGGGGUUAAUAAACGGACAGGCUUAUAAGCGGAGGGCUUAUAAUCUGCAGUUUAAAGAACAAUGAGAACCACUUGUAUGCCAACAGUUUCAAAUUAUGUUUUAGAAUAUGUGACAUAUCUUCAUUGGCUGUCAUUACAAACACAACUCCCCUUAAACUAUAACAUUAAUAAAUGUAAAUUGUCUUAUACCAAAGAUGUUGCAAUGUUCACAACUUGAUGAGGGUCACUACACAUGAUCAUGCUUUGCCGACACGGGACAAAUGUGAUGAAAAGCUGUACGACGUAAGAUGUAAAAUCAAACAGGUAAUUAAUCCAUUAACUGGCAUUGCGCCCCAAUGCGCCCUACUUUUAGUAUUUACUCUGUCUAACGCCAGACGAUUUUACUCGUCAGUCGUAGAGUACUGCCAGUUAAUGGGUUAAAGGAAAUAAUCAAAAAGGUUACAACCUCAUGGUUGCUUAAUUAAACAGUCUUUUGUUUUCAAUUCAGCACUAGGAAAAUCAUACAGCUAAUGAUGAACUGUGUUGAUCAAAAUCAUCCAACCUUCAAUAAUCCCAUCCCUGCAAAAAGCACAAUCAUGCAAAUAGUGUCUAUACAUAUGUUCAGUGAGCAUACAGCGAGUACUGUACAUUAUAAAGUUCCCUGUUGUUAAAAAUCUUAAACCUUGUCAAAUCCACAGCAUUCGGUUAGAGCUGAAAUAAGCAGAUCCCCAAGUUCUUCAGAGCGGCAUAAAU